CAACGCCGUGCUACCGGGUUUUAAGCAGGUAAAUCUGUGACUGGCGAGUGUUUCCGUAGACUUGUUCUAGGUGAGACGUGUGACGGUCGCGGUAUCCCCCCGGUGGAAAACAAUAUGUCUGGGAGCCAUCCAAUUCUGUGCUUGACACUGCUACUGAAUUAUGCAACAUGUGCAUGUUCUUACAACCUCGUCCUUCUCCAUACCAACGAUGUCCAUGCACACAUCGAAGAGAUGAACAAAUACGCCAGUGGGUGCAAGGCCAGCGACAGGGACAAGGGGGAAUGUUACGGAGGGGUGGCGCGGAGGGUGACCAAGAUCAAUGAGAUCCGGGGCAUGGAUCCUGACCAUACCCUCCUGCUGGAUGCUGGGGAUCAGUUCCAGGGGACACUCUGGUUCAAUAUAUACAAUGGACAGGAAGCGGCCAGGUUUAUGAAUGAAAUGAAAUACGACGCCAUGAGCCUAGGAAACCAUGAGUUUGACAACGGAGUAGAAGGCUUAAUUCCAUUUAUGGAGAAUGUGACUUUCCCCAUCGUCUGCUGUAAUCUUGACACGUCUCAACAGCCCAAUAUGAUAGGAUUAUUCAGCCGACAUGAAAUCCUUAACAAGGGAGGUAAACGGAUCGCCAUUAUCGGGUACCUGACAGAAGAUACAUCCUUUAUCUCUAAUCCAGGUAAACAUUUACAUUUUUACGACGUUGUUGACUCUGUCAAAGCUGAAGUUCAGAAAAUCAAAUCCAUGACACCAAAGGUCGACAUUCUGAUUGGCGUCGGCCAUUAUGGCUAUGGAAACGACAAAAAAUUAGCGCAUGCCGUGCCCGAUCUUGACAUCAUAGUUGGCGGUCACACCCAUACGUUCCUAUACAAUAUGACGGGUCCACUGCCCUCAAAUGAUGAACCAGAGGGACCGUACCCGACCAUCGUUGACCACGGCACAAGAAAAACUCUGAUAGUUCAGGACUAUUUUGCCGGGAAAUAUCUUGGAUUCCUAAAUAUCACGUUCGAUUCCAACAACAAUGUGGAAUCCUGGGACGGUUUGCCGAUACUUUUGGACAACAAUACUCUGCAAGACCCGAAUAUACUGGCGGAAGUGACGGAGAUGAGUAAGGAGUUGGAAGCAGAGAAGCAGAAAGUUGUGGGAUACUCAGCAGUGUACCUAGAAGGCGACUCCAAAGUCUGCCGACUGAUGGAAUGUAACCUUGGAAACCUCAUCACCGACGGAAUGGUUAGUCACCAUGCUCAUAAGAUACCCCUUAAUGGAUCAUGGAGCGACGCAGCCAUUGCUAUUCUCAACUCCGGCGGAAUCCGAGCACCUAUUGAAAGAGGGAAUAUUUCGCGAGGAGAUGUUUUGACAACCAUGCCUUUCAGAAACAAUGUAGAUCUUAUUAAUCUCCAAGGGAAAUAUCUCCGACAGGCACUGGAGCAUUCGGUGCAGCAUUAUGACAAGCUGAACAGAGCAGGAGCUUUUCUUCAGGUGUCAGGACUGAGGGUUACCUAUGACCUGUGUAAACCCCCGGGUCAGCGUGUGGUGUCCGCUUACACGCGCUGCCGUCGAUGUUCCAGUCCCAGGUACUCUCUCCUAAACGACGACAAAAUCUACACCAUUGUAACCUUGGACUUCGUGAUUCGUGGAGGGGACGGGUUCAAGGUCAUUCAUGAUCACCAUACCGACCACCAGCCAUUCAAUGAAAUAGACAGCGAUGUAUUUACUUCUUAUCUCCAAUCAAAUAGUCCAAUCAUCAAAGGAGAGGAAGGAAGGAUAACUCUGUUAGAAGACUGUGCAGCGAGUAACUCAAUGAUUAUCAAACCUAACGCAUUCAAUCUUUUUGUUAUUCCGUUGGUUUUCUUUAACAUUCUUCUGUGUUUGCUUUAAAGGUUCUGUAAGUUCAAAUAAAGGUUGAAACACGUUC